UCCCCAUGAGAGGCACUUUAUAAGGUAAGAUUCUUCAAGACAGCCAGCUAUAGCCACGUUCUCCAGUGAAGAUGGCUAGCAGAAAAACAAAGAAGAAGGAAGGUGGUGCCAAACGUGCCCAGAGAGCUUCUUCCAAUGUUUUCUCAAACUUUGAACAGACCCAGAUCCAAGAAUUCAAGGAAGCUUUCACAUUAAUUGACCAGAACAGAGAUGGAUUCAUAGAUAAAGAAGACUUGAAAGACACCUACGCUUCUCUGGGUAAAAUAAAUGUAAAAGAUGAUGAGCUAGAAUCCAUGCUUAAAGAAGCUACUGGACCUAUUAAUUUCACAAUGUUUUUGAACCUGUUUGGUGAAAAGUUAAGUGGUACUGAUGCUGAAGAGGUUAUAUUAAAUGCAUUCAAAAUGUUUGAUCCAGAUGGCAAAGGACACAUUAACAAAGACUACCUGAAACGCCUAAUGAUGUCACAGGCUGACAAGUUCACGGCUGAAGAGAUUGAUCAGAUGUUCCAAUCUUCCCCUAUUGAUGCUGCAGGCAACUUAGAUUACAAGUCUUUCUGCUACACCAUCACACAUGGAGAUGAAAAGGAAGAAUGAAGAGCAUGAAUUUUAUUAGCUUCAGUAAAAUCUAGCAAUAAGUCAAUAAAUAAAAUUUGGAGUCUGAAUGGUCUUUUCUCACAGCCAAAAAAAUCAUGGCCUAUUGGAACAGCA